AUGAGCACAGCGACCCCUUGCCAGAGCAGCAACUGCCCCAAUGGGCGCCCCCCUUCGAAGUUGGAGUGUCCGACAUGCCACAAGUUGGGUAUCAAAGGAUCCUUCUUCUGCGGACAAGAAUGUUUUAAGGCGGGAUGGAAAACACAUAAAUUGAUCCACGAUCUCGCUACACCGAAACAACCGCUCCUGGACGAUCCGAACAUCAACAAAGAUGGCACCUUCAAUCCGUUCGGCAAUUUCAAGUUUACGGGACCACUGCGUCCGGUGUAUCCAUUACCGGAUUAUGCUGAAGAUGGUCAGCCCACCUCGGAAAGCAGACAGGAGCAAGAGAAGAUGCGGACCGUCUGUAGAUUAGGCCGAGAGAUUCUGGACAUCGCUGGCGCGAGUAUACGACCUGGUAUCACGACCGACGAGAUCGACGAGAUCGUUCACAAUGAGACUAUCAAACGCAAUGCGUACCCGUCUACUCUGAACUAUCGCGGUUACCCGAAAUCUGUCUGCACGUCCGUCAACGAGACCAUCUGCCACGGCAUUCCGGACAAGCGCAAACUUCAGGAAGGCGACAUCAUCAACAUCGAUAUUUCCCUGUACUACGAGGGCUUCCAUGGUGACCUAAACGCGACGUACCCUGUCGGGCGCGUUGACGACGACAGCAAGAAGCUCAUGCGCGUCACGCGUGAAGCCCUCGACGAGGCGAUCAAAAUCUGCAAGCCCGGUGCGCUCUUCCGCGACUUGGGCAAAGUCAUCGAACCUAUCGCCCGUACAAAUGGCUGUUCCGUCAUUCGCACGUACUGCGGACACGGCAUCCAUGAAAUGUUCCACUGUGCGCCCAACGUCCCCCACUAUGCCAAGAACAAGGCCGUCGGCACAAUGAAGGCCGGAAUGGUGUUUACCAUUGAACCCAUGAUCAACCUUGGCACAACUGGGACCUCAUCCACUGGCCGGACAACUGGACUGCGACCACUAAUUACCGAAACUGGUGUAGAGGUGCUAACUGCCGGUAAACGAAGAGAAGACUUGUAUGGCUAG